AUUCCGCAUCUGAUACUAACCCCUGCAGCACUCGACAACAGACAAUUCCAUCGUCUACUCCCGCCUCACCUCGCAACACACACAACACAUCGCAGCAUGUCUUCGACGGCAGUCUUGAAGCCGAGUCCGGCUGCUUCGCGCUUUGUCGCUCCUACAACGCCAAUGAGACCCUCGUCGGCUCCCUCUACACCACAAAAGUCUCCCACCAAGGUCGAAACUCCCGGAACCUGGCGUCACCCCAACAUGGAUGAGAUCAACCGUCGCAAGAAUGCCUCGACCUUCAAUUCGGACAAUGUCCACAGCAUCCUGAUCAAUCUCGUCGCUCUGCUGUCCUUCCUGCUGGCUCCAGCCAUGCUCUACAGCUACACUCCCUCGGCGUUAAUCUCCUUCUUCCACUCAAUGGACCCAUACGCCAGCUGGGCAUCCAUCCUCGUCCGCUGCGUACCCGUCAUCAACAUCGCACUCGCUCUGAUGCCGCUCGCCCGUCCCACUGAUGACAUGACCGACAUCGCCUUGACCAGAGAACAGCGCCAACUCCUCGGCCUGACUCCUCAAGAUGCUCCCCUGCCCACUGGUUCUCCUGGUUACAUCACUCCUCCAAGAUACUCGCGUUCUUCUACACCACGCUCCAGCGCUCAGAGACAUGCUUCGGGUUCGCCAAUGACACGUAAGGGCAGCCCGUCAUCCUUCGACCAGAGCACUCUUGGUGUCAGCAAAGGUCCCUCCGGAAGCCCUUUCUCUGUCAGCCCAUUGAUGCAAAAGGCUGUAGGAGGUGCUUCGGCCGCAAGAACUUCUUCCCCCUUGGACAACAGCUUGGGAAGCAGCUCGUCGGGUCUGGCCACUGGAAAGGCAAGUGUGUCGCUGAACAGCAAGUGGCUGUACGAGAGAGGAAAGGGUAGUCCCAACGGAAGAGCCGUCUUUGCAUGAUUGUAUCCAUAUCUUAUACCCUAGGCUAACAUACAGAAAAUACACGUUUCUAUACUAUCCGAACUCCUCACUUGUGACAUGUCGCUUGAGCAGUAUCUCAUUCACCCAAUGCGGC